AUGGAGCCCUAUUUUGUAGAUGAGAAUGAAGGCGAUGCAGUCAAAUAUACAGAUUCUCCCGAGUUUGAAUCGCUCAAGGACCAAAUAGCAUCUCAGUUGUUUGAAAUUAAUGGUCAAGUAAGCACUUUACAACAGUUCUUAUCCACGUUGAAGUCCUUUUUGGAAAGUAGCAAUAUUAAUCCAAAGGCAGUGGAUAAGAUUGACAAAAAAUCUGUUGAUAAUAUUCAUAAGACUAGAAAUUUGGUCAAUGAGAUAAAUCAGUUGGUUUUACGAAUUAAUGAUCUAGAAGAAUCGACACUGGAUAUGACACAGGUGAUAGCGAGAGAGAAGUUGAGUAGGGACGUUAAAUACUCGAUCCAGGAGUUUCAGAAUACGCAACUGAGCUAUACAAAGAUAAUCAAAUCUAUUAAUGACAUUGCCAAAAACAAGUUGGCCACAGAGAAUAAUACUGCAUUAUUAGAAGAGGAGGAACGUGAUAAUACACAGGUCCAACAACAGCACGCUCAGAUGAUUGUGGAAAGGGAUCCCAUCAACAAUGAAGAAUUCGUAUAUCAACAAAAUCUUAUUAGACAAAGAGAUGAAGAAAUAUUGAAUAUAGAACAAGGCAUAACAGAAUUGAAUGAAAUCUUCAAGGAUCUUAGUACUGUUGUACAACAGCAGGGCUUGAUGGUGGAUAAUAUAGAGGCAAACAUCUAUUCGACUCUAGAUAAUACUCAGUUAGCAUCCAGUGAACUAAACAAGGCUAUGAGAUAUCAGAGAAGGUCCGGGAAAUGGUGUCUCUAUAUGUUAAUUGCACUAUCAGUAAUGCUCCUCUUCAUGCUGCUUAUGGUGUUCAUAUAG